CACAUGCUUAUCUUAAUAACUUUUGUGCGAUAAGCACAUUGCCAAAUGAAUAUAACAUUUCAGGCCUACGUGUCUGUUUUUGUCAGUUUUAUCAACUUCGUAAGCAUCGAAAGACUAUCGUAUAGCCGUACAAUUCACAGGACGUGCAAAAAAAAUCAUGUUUCCAUUAUGUUCUACGAAUAAAACAGGUACGUGCUGCAACCGCUUUACUUGGAAGUGUAACUCCCUCGGGUAUCGUGUAGUUCGAUGAGUAUAAUAUAAAACACGUCAGUUAUUGCUACGCCCUUUGCAACAUAUGUUUUCAUCACACAGCCAUUGUUUGUGUAGUCGGCACUGCCUGUCUUUGUGACUAGUAUUGCGGGGUUAACCUACCGGUGUCGUCAGACGAGAGGGGAGGGACUAUGAUGUUGCAAUCAUGGCCAGUUCAACAUCAUCGGCUUGAAACUACUGUAACAGAGGGAGGGUGUUGGGUAUUUGAAGACUCUACUUUACAUCAGACUCGGUGCAGUUAGACGGGCAGGUGAAGGGAGCACGUCUGAUCUGAGAGCCACGUCGAAUUGCUAGACUGGAUUAAAUGCCUGUUAAGAUCGCUAUUUUAGAUCAGAUCAGGUGGUGUAAAUACAUUAUUAAAACAGUUUAAUCUUUACAGUAGCCAGUUGAAAGUCUCCCAGAGCUACUACAGACAAAGCUGACUUCUCGGUUGCCAGUAAGCUUCCAAUGUGCAACUUCUAUAUAUCUAACUAGGUAGCCUGGGUAGCAGUAAAGGUAAGCUAGCAAGGUAGCUAACUUUUUUUCUGACGGUAGAUUGAUCCAAAGUUUUGAUCUCAAAAUUGGCAGCAAGACAGAGGUGGAAUAUCACACACUUUUCUCUCUGACGCAAGAUACAGACAAGAAGACGCUGAAGUCAAGGAAUACCUAAAAGUGACCUAUUCGCCAAUUCAGCGGGAAUACCGAACAAAGACGUCCCACGGAACAAAAACGAAAAUACCGGUAGCUAACGCUAGCUGGUUGAAGCUCAUUAUCUGCUGCCUGAGUGCACGUCAAAGUGGACUGGUCAGUGGCUUCUUUCCUUUGACAAAAGAACGGCGAACAAGGAUUGUCAAAGAAAUUGUUGAAUGAGCCUGAUUUCUGAAUUAUGGGUCAAUGAAUGAUACACGCUGGCGGUCGGCGAGCGCACGGUGACCAUUUAACCCGUUAGCGAACGGAUCGCAUUUUUUGUUCUCAUUGAGGCGAAAAGGAAUCCUAACUGUGGUCGAAAGGAUCUAGCGUGCGAGUUAUCCUACUUAGCGCUGCGGGCUACAACAUCGCUCCAUCAUAUUGCUUUUUGGACUAUUUAUUUCCAAGACUCCAGUCCUAUCUUUUGAUUAACGUCUAUUUUUGCAACGUGUCUUAGAGGAUGGUUUUCCACAACUGAUCGCUUUGUUUGAAACUGGAAUUGCCCUUGCUAGUCAGCAAGCUAACGUUAGCAACCAUUGUUCUGCUUUGGUGAAGUGAAGAGUGGGUCCCCUUUGUCUUCCACAAACGAGAUGAGCGUGAACCUGCAAAAUGCCCGGCGCACGCUGCCCCUGCGACUGAAGCGGCUGGAAUUCGAGGACCCGCUUGAUACGGACACGCUGAAAUGCAAGCGCCCCCGGCUCAGUCUGCCCCCCUCCCCGGGGCUGGCGCCCUGUCUCCGCCCACUGACCCAGAGCCCGAACCCCGGAAGCGCGGAGCAGCACUGUGUCUCUCGCAUUGGACCGUACAUCCUGCUGGAGGCCACGGAGGGAACCCAGACGUACAGGGCUGUCCACAGUGUCACGGAGGCUGAGUUCACUUGCAAGGUUUUUUCGGCAAAGCGGUACCAGGAGCUGAUCGCCACCUACACCCGCCUCCCGCCGCACGAGAACAUCAGCCGCAUCGCGGAGGUGGUGACGGGCGAGCGCAACGUGUACGUGUUCUUCGAGCGCUGCCACGGCGACAUGCACUCGUACGUGCGCGCCUGCAAGCGGCUCCAGGAGGAGGAGGCGGCGCGGCUCUUCGGCCAGAUGACGGCGGCGGUGGCGCACUGCCACGAGCACGGCGUCGUCCUCCGCGACCUCAAGCUGCGCAAGUUCGUCUUCACCGACCGCCAGAGGACAAAGCUGGUACUGCAGAACCUCGAGGACUCCUGCCUCCUGAAAGGGGAAGACGACUCGCUGACCGACAAACACGGCUGCCCGGCCUACGUGGGCCCGGAGAUCCUCAACUCCCGGCACUCGUACUCAGGGAAGGCGGCGGACGUGUGGAGCCUGGGUGUGGUCCUGUACACCAUGCUGGUGGGGCGCUACCCCUUCCAGGACGUGGAGCCCGCCGCGCUCUUCGGCAAGAUCCGCCGGGGGGUGUUCACCGUCCCGGACUCCCUCUCGCCGCGGGCCAAGUGCCUGGUGCGCUGCCUGCUGAGGAAGGCCCCCGCGGACAGGCUGGAGGCGGGCGAGGUCCCGCUGCACCCCUGGCUCGCCCGCCCCGCCCCGCCAUCCCCGGGCAACCACCUCAGCCCCAGGAACCACUCCGACCAGGUGGUGCCGGACUUCGGGAAGAGCGAAGACGACGGCGACCGUGCAUAGGUGCGCAAAAGAACACUCAGGACUUUGCUCCAGUCUCCCCUCGUGUAUCUCCUGGAGUGUGGAGGAUCAUUUGAGGGGGUGCGGUUCAUAACACGGGGACAGAGAAGGGGAGAUUAAAAAAAAAACAAAACAAAAAAAAAAACCCCUCCCUCAAAUCGUAAGCCAGGCUUAAGUGGUUCUUCACAAAGACUGGAAGGUUCCGUGGAGUGGAUCUACCAAGUUCCGGCACCCCGCGGUCGCGAGGUAGCGGGUGAAUCAUGAAGCUUUAUGACCGCUGGUUUUGCCGACGUCUUUCGAGGCGAAAUCCGAGCCGAGCGCGUUUGGCGAGAGCCUAACCGCAGCUGGAUACGGCCCUUAUUUUUAUUUUUUUGUCAUUUUUUUUUUCCAAACGAGAAGGAUCUGAAGGAAGACACAGAUGACCAAUCGGUGACAAGGUCAGAAGGGCGUGCUCGUGGAGGUCGUUUUCCGUACAACUCGUUCCAUUCCAUUGGAAGCGGCCUUCACGCUAAACGACGGGCCCUUGUGCCACCUUUAUGACCCAUGAUCUUUCUGUCUAGCAGUAUUCUCCCUUUGCAAAAAGCUACAAAGUGACAGGUGUACACGAGGGGAGGGUGGAAUGUGAUUGGGAAGAGGUUUUUUUUUUUCUUUAAAAAAAAACAGGUAAAAUUACUUGGUGUCAGGAUACCUCUUAACUUGAUUUAAUCCUGGAAUACUUGAUGCACAACAGUUUGUGCCUUUUUUUGUACCGUUGUUUACAUCGUUUGCUGUUGUAAACCUGGAUCCAGCCAUUCAAAGUGCCUUCCCCCCCCCCCUUCACUGAGAAAAGUAACCUUCCAUAGUUAUCAUUUCUUUUAUUUAUCCUCAAGGAAAUCUGAACCAAAUAGAAUGUGUGCUUUACCAAAGAGCGUCUGUAGCUGCCCUCGAGUCUCCACUCAGUGUAUGGAUCCAGGUUAACUUAACUGAAUUUUCUGUUUGUUUCAUGAAAUUUGAAAAAAGGAAAACAAGAAAAAAAAAAAAAAAACAUUGAAAGGAACUAUGAAUCUCAGACACAGGGUCUAGCUCUGGGUUUUUUUUUUAUUUUUUAUGAAGAACUUGUGAUGUGUCAUUGUACGCACGCUGUCAUAGGUCCCAUAAAAAGUUGCGCAAUGACUACAGACAACUUCUGCUCGACUUGCUUUCUGUCUGUAUGAACAUGUACAGCGGGGGGUGGGUUUGAACCAGAAGGAUACCAGAGUUUUACUGUCUCCCCCCCUGUCCCGUCUAUGGGCAAAGAGGUAUUACGGUCUUGGACCUGAAGAAACAGAACGAGGCAUUAAAAGUCAGGAGUGCAAGCUGAGCUCUUAGGGUGGCGCUAAGUCUCGGUUCUUUCUCUGGUAAAAAGAAAAAAAAAAAACUUUUGUGAAUUUUGUAAAUACUGGUUUUUUUUGUUCUUUUUUUUUUUUGUAAAUUAGACAGAGAAAAAUGCACACUACAGUUUCUUUGUUCAUGAGGGGAGGGUGGAUGUUCUUUGUUUUGAAAACUGUAUUUUUUUUGUUGUUGCCAAUAAUAAAAGCUGAAAAACAAAGCGAA